UGGUGUUCUCCAAUUAGCCGACAUGUUCUUGUAUUCGUGUACAAGACGUGCCGCACACGACCAAUGCUCAAGAUAACAGAUCUUUUCAGUUCGCAUUAACCAGCCAUUGAUCAUAACGACUUUCUCACACACCACAUCAUGGGUAUAUGCUUAUCGUGUCUUCGUCCGAGCGAAGAGGAUGAUGAGUACAACGAGAGGUCUUCCUUAUUGCGAAGCCAGGAUUUCUAUUCCGAUGAGCACCUACAAGAAGAGCUUCUCAAGAAGCAACAGAGACAGCAGGAACUCAACAACAUUGUCAAUGAGUUAUCGGAAAACCUCAUCGACGUCAGCACGUUCAUGAGCAACAGCACCCUCCAAUCCUCAAGCACACCAAAUACCCCUAACAUCAAUGAAUACGGUGCAUCACAAGAUAAACAGUAUCCGUACUCCAUCUCACCCAAUGAACGGGCAAAGAUUCUUGAGGAGGUGGAAAAUUUAGAUCCGGCGGUGAAGGAGGCCUGUAAGGUUGAGGUGAAGGAUUCGUUGUACUUGACCUUUUAAGACAAAGGUUACGAAGGCAGGACUAAGUACAGUCAUGUAGAUUAAUGAACAGGCAAAGAGAUAUGUAGAUAAUGAAUGCUCAGGUAAACCGUACAGGUAUGUAGAAUGAAUGCUCAGGUAAACCGAACAGAUAUGUAGAAUGAAUUCUUCGGUAUAAACCCACAUAGAUUAAUGAAUAUAAUAAACUUGUACAGAAAAUAUACGAAGGAUAUAAAACCGUGAAGUUAAAAAUCUUAUUACUCACGUACAAACUCACUCAAAGAACUACACUUUAUUAAUAAUUUCCACCACCACACUCUCAACGCUAUCAGAUUCCUCCAGAUCCAUCUUCAAAGAAUGUCUCAGAUUGAUGGGAUGUUGCCAGAAAAUCUCAUCUACUCUCUCAAUGUCAAUACCUCUGGUCUCAACCCAGGUAUAAUAAACGAUAGGAAUAAACACCGCAUCGUAGGCAGCAUUAACAAUGUAGAACUUCCAGCCAAUCCCAUUCAUGGCGAAUGGCAACACAAACGAUGCAAUCAAACCCCAAGAUCCAUUGAAAAUUGCAAAAAGUGUCGUUCCUGCACUUCUCAUCUCGUAUGGAUACAACUCAGAAGGAUACAAAGUCGUCAAGGGCGUAUAGGUGAACGAGUAAAACCCACUAAAAAUGAACAUCAUCGCUAUGGCCCCAAAUGACCCGGAACGGUUAUCACCAUCUCC